AUGCCUACUUGGAGUACCUUUUCUGGCUCUCUCUUGCCGCCGCUCUUCCUUCCAAUCGUCUAUCUUUAUCCGGUCCACUUUGGCCAAUCUGUAUGCACAACUGAUCGAUUGUCCGCUUGUCGAUUUAUGCCGUCGCCCGCUUGUGCGAUCGACCUGUCAGCAAAUAAAUUGUCUUUGUGUCUCUUCUUCUCCUCGCUUGUCCAUUAUCCACUCAUCUUUGUUUGCUCUCCGCCGUGCGCACGUGUGUGUCGCUGUACAUGUGCUCAAAUGUCCACCUCUCUGCACCCUUGUGUCCCCACGGCUCUAUGCGUCCUGUCUUCCCCAUCCGUGUGCUUUCUUCUGCCCACACUCGGCCCCGUCGAGGGCCCCUGCUCACUCGAGAAGUCCUCUCGCUGCGCCCAUCUUUCGUCAUUUCCGCUCCUCUUCCCGUCUCGAUCGCCAUUUUGGCGUCGUUUUCUCUCCUCUUCGGCCGUCCCCCGUUGCCACAGCAACAAUCCACUCAGCCGAGUCCACCUCGAGGCCACCUCAUGGUCGGCAUCGUCAGCUUCGGCUGCAUUCCGAUUUGACACCACCGCAUGUCGGCCGAGCUUAUCUCGGCCUGACGAAGUGUUGCCGUGGCAACUGGCAGCAGUGACGAUGCGUCAUCGGUCAUUCGGUCUUCGCCCCAUUCCCAAGGAGGAUGUUGUGUGUCUGGCGGUCGUGAGGGCAGCAUUGCACGAAUAA